AUGGCCAACCUCAGCGCACCCCCAGUGCUGUCGACGCCGGCUGACCAUAUUUUUGUCGAAGAUCCAACCGUACCAGACUCGGAGACAGCCCAAGCCAAACGAUCUGAUAGAACCGACAAUGAGCUCCUCAACGUGUACGAGAUCGCGCGAACGGCCACCGAAAUCCGCGAAAAGGGAUGGAAGCGCGUCGCUCUGCAAUUUCCAGACGCAAUGCUCGCAGAUGCACCAUGGGUCGUUGGGGCGCUGGAUCGAGAGCUUGCGAAGCUGGGCCCGCUGUACAUUCUUGCCGACACUUCGUAUAGCGCGUGCUGCGUCGACGAGAUCGCGGCCGAGCAUGCUGACGCUGAUGUUGUUGUGCACUACGGACGAGCAUGUUUGAGCCCGACAUCUAGGAUACCAGUGCUGCACAUCUUUACACGGCAGGUACUAGACUACGACCAGGUUGUCCAAUAUUUCGAAAAGGAGUUUUCAGAGAAAGAGGACAAGAUCAUUGUCAUGGCCGACGUCAUGUUCCAAGAACAUGUCGAGCCCAUAUGCAACAUAUUACGACAGAAGCGGUACAGCGGCGUGAUUGGGACGGCGAUAGUGCGGGACCCCACGGGCGUCAUCCCGAACCGCAAGAUCAUCUUAGGAGAGGGACAAGAUACAGUGGUAGCAGAAGGAUGUACAGGGCCAGAUCUGCAUGACCAUCAUCUUUUCCAUAUCUCAACACCACCCCGAUCCCUUCUACUCACACUCUCCUCGCGCCUCACCUCUCUACGCAUUUACCCCACACCGUCUUCUCCAUACAACACGCCCUCCGAACUACCAGAUCCAUCAGCAACACCAGGCAUCCUCCGCCGCCGUUAUGCGCUCGUCAUCCGCCUUGCUACUGCCUCCAUCAUUGGCAUUCUAGUAAAUACGCUCAGUGUCAAGAACUACCUCCCAACCAUCACGAAGUUGAAGGAACAAAUCGCGGCAGCUGGAAAGAAGAGCUACACGAUCGUGGUUGGAAAGCUAAAUGCUGCGAAACUGGCCAACUUUGCCGAGAUCGAUGGCUGGGUUGUGGUUGGGUGUUGGGAGAGUGGACUUGUCGAGCAGGAUGGGCUAUGGAAGCCGGUUAUUACGCCGUUCGAGUUGAGCAUGGCGCUUGCUGGAGACGAAGAGCGUAUAUGGGAUGGUCGGUGGUGGGGUGGUAUCGAGGGAGUUGAAACUGAAAAGAGGAAGGAGGAUGCGAGUAAGCAAGAUUCGGGUGAACAGAACGGGAUUCUUAACACCACUCAACACACCGACGAUGUUGAAGGAGGUGUUGAUGACGAUGAAUCCGAACCACCAGAAUUCGACCUACGAACCGGCAGACUUGUUAGCCACAGCAGACCCAUGCGACUUGCCGCUCACAACGGAGCUAACAAUAAAGCAUCGGCCCUGAACGGGGAAGUACCAAGGACAUCUCUACAAGGCUCUUCAGCGCUUGUACAGAGAAAAUUAGGUGAAUUGGCUAUGGUCAAUGGUAUCGCUAGCCCUGGUGCAGAGUUCCUCCGCUCCCAAAGGACGUGGCAGGGUCUGGGCAGUGACUUCCACCAUGCAGAUGAGGAAGAAGAUGAGCUAAGUACUAUCGUCGAGCAGGGGCGAAGUGGAGUGGCGAGGGGUUACACCGUUGGCGAUGAUGCAAGCAGGGCAUGA